UGCCUGAUAAAUUGAUAAGCAAUUAAUACAAUGACCUCGAAAAGAUAUAAAGGAAACCGUGAUUUUUAUUUUGCUUUAAUCUAUAUAGCAUAUGUUGAUCGAAUUCUUUUAUAGUAAAAUUAAUCUCUUGUUUCAGUGUGGCAAAAAAACUUAUUUAAAUACAAGUUCAAAUAUGUACAAAACUUUCUUAAUUAUCGAUCAGAUAUUUUUUCAUAAAAAUCCUAUGCAAUAACAAGUUCAUGAAACAGUGUUGAACCCAAUUGGGGAAUAUUUUGCAGUCGAAAAUAACACUAAAUUACAGACAUUCUCUGUCUUGUUCCAUUUUAUUGUGAACUUCUUAUCCCUAUUUUAUUCGUUGAUAAAUGUGCUUAAAGAAUUACGGACCGCUCAUGGCAGUUCAAAGUUCCAUAUCGAUAAGUUAGCUCUCUUAAUCGUUUCGUUGAGUCACAGAUUCAUGGUCUUCGGCACUUAGUCCUAGUCUUCCAACGACCAAAGUUGUUUCGUGUAUUCCUGUUUCGAUAUUCUCGAACGUUUCAAAAUGUUGAAGGGAUUGGUUGCUCUUGUAACUGGAGGUGCCUCUGGAUUAGGUCUUGGAACUGUGCAAAGAUUUGUCAGAGAAGGUGCCAAGGUUGUUAUUGCUGAUUUACCUACUUCAAAAGGAAAGGAUGUUGCUGCAGAGUUAGGAAGUUCGGCUAUAUUUGCACCGAUGGAUGUAGUAUCAGAAGAGGAUGUGACCAAUGCACUGAAGUUAACUAAGGAACACUUUCAAAAAUUAGAUGUUGUAGUGAAUGCAGCAGGUAUAGCUGUUGCAUUUAAGGCAUAUAACUUCAACAAAUUUAUGCCGCAUGUUUUAGAAGAUUUUCAGAAGGUGAUACGUGUAAACACUAUUGGAACAUUUAACGUUAUUAGAUUAUCUGCAGGACUUAUUUAUGAAAAUACACCAAACGAGGACCAACAACGCGGAGUAAUAAUUAACACGGCAAGCGUUGCAGCUUACGAUGGACAAAUGGGACAGGCUGCGUACUCUGCUAGUAAGGGUGCGAUUGUCAGUAUGACUUUACCGUUGGCCCGUGAUUUUUCUAAAGCUGGUAUUCGUGUUGUUACAAUCGCACCUGGAUUAUUCGAUACGCCUUUGUUACAAGCAUUACCAGAGAAAGUGCGUGAAUUCUUAUCAAAAACGAUACCAUUCCCGCAAAGACUGGGUAAACCGGAUGAAUAUGCUCAGCUGGCACAACAUAUAAUUGAAAAUCCUCUUCUAAAUGGAGAAACUAUAAGAUUAGAUGGUGCUCUCAGGAUGCAACCUUGAAUUUAUGCGAGCAUUUAUUGAUUACAUAAACAUGGGGGUCGGAUAAAGGUUUUAUAAUGCAUGGAUUUACGAAAUUCAAUAAGAAAUUUGUACAAGAAAA